CACCUCCUGUAUAGUAGUACGUCAAACAAAUGUUAAAAUCCGAAAUCAACUUCGGACAAGCAGCACAUGUAAUUUUGAGAAUGAUUUUGCCAGAAGCUUUACCAGAAGAUGUUACAGAAGUUACUGGAAAUCUUUCAGUACCAGUAACAAUAAAGGUUGAACCAGCAGGAAGAUGGUAUGAAGCUUUAUGUCAGCGAAGAAGACAAAGACAUUCUAUAUCACAUCACUCAGUCCACAGUUCAAGUUCGGAAGAAAGUGAGGAAGAAGUUGAGAUUGAUGAAAAUGAUGAAGCAUUGUUGUUAGAGCUUGAUCCCAAAGAAUGGAAGAAACAAGAUCACUAUGCAGUCCUUGGUUUAAGUAGGUUAAGAUACAAAGCUACAGAAAACCAAGUAAAGAAAGCAUACAAACAAAAAGUAUUAAAACACCAUCCAGACAAAAGGAAAGCAAGAGGAGUGAAAGUAAAAGAAGGAGAAGAUGAUUAUUUUACAUGUAUAACUAGAGCAUGGGAAACAUUAGGCAAUCCAAUAAAGAAAAGAUCAUUUGAUAGUGUAGAUCCUUUGUUUGAUGAUGAUGUUCCACCAAAUAAUGCAGAUUCAAAAGAACACUUCUUUGAAGAAUUUACUCCUGCAUUUGAAAGAAAUGCAAGAUGGAGCACAAAGAAAAGAGUACCCAGUUUAGGAAAACCUGAUACAAACUUUGAAGACGUAGACAACUUUUACUCAUUUUGGUAUGAAUUAGAAUCAUGGAGAGAAUUUUCAUACCUUGAUGAAGAAGAAAAAGAAAAAGGAGAAAAUCGUGAAGAAAGAAGGUGGAUUGAAAAGCAAAACAAAGCAGCUAGACAGAAAAGGAAGAAGGAAGAAAUGGUUAGAAUAAGACAGUUAGUCGAUAAUGCAUAUGCCUGUGAUCCCAGAAUACAGAAAUUUUUAGAUGAUGAAAAAGAAAAGAAAUUAUCAGUGAAAAGGGCAAAACAGGAAGCAGCUAGACAAAAAGUGGAAGAGGAAGCUCGGAUAAAACAGCAAGCAUUAGAUGAAGAAAGGAAAAGAAAAGAGAAAGAGGAAGAAGAAGCAAAAGCUCAGGCAGCAGCAAUGAAAAAGGAAAAAGAUCAACAAAAGAAAAUCUUUAAGAAAGAAAGAAAAACAUUAAGAACUGCCGUAAAGGAUUACAGUUACUUCACUGACGUAGAUGAUCAAAGAGUUACAAACAUGACUGAUGUAGAUAGACUUGCUGAUCAGUUGUCUAUAAUAAAAUUGCAGUCCCUGAAUCAAGAGCUAACAUCAGGGGAUGAAUCUAAAGCAAAAGCAGCAUUUUUAAGAGAGGUUGAAGAACUAAAUAGACUGACAGAGGAAGAGAAAAAGAAACAAAUGGAAGUUAUUCAUAAACAAUCAUCAGGAGAGGGAUCACAGGCAAAAGGAAAACUUUGGAGUGAAUCAGAAAUACAGGCACUUAUCAAGGGAGUUAAUUUGUUUCCUGCAGGAACAAAAGAUAGAUGGGAAGUAAUCUCUAAAUUCAUCAAACAACACAUAACAGAUAGCAAUAAAGGUGCUAAGGAUGUGUUAGCCAAGGCUAAAGAUUUACAGAAAAAUGAUUUUGUUCUGAAAAUGGAGGCAGACAAGAAAGCAUUUGAAAAAUUUGAGACUCAGCAGAAAUCCAAAGUAACUUGUGAAGCUCAACCAAAGGAAGGAGUUACCAGUGAAAGGUUUGAAAAGGUUUACGAGCAGCAAAUUAGGGAAACUGGGACAAACCCAGCACCUUGGACAGCAGAUGAGCAGAAAAUUUUAGAACAAGCUUUAAAAACGUUUCCUGCCAGUGUAGGUGAUAGAUGGGAAAAGAUAUCUGAGACUUUACCCACCAGGAGUAAGAAAGAUUGUAUGAAAAGAUAUAAGGAAUUGGUUGAAAUUAUACGAGCCAAGAAAGCUGCAAAAGAUGCAGCUGCCAAGAAGAAGUGAGAAGAAUAAACAAUGUGAUAAAAAACUUGUAGAAGGACAUGAUUUAUAUAUAGACCACUGACAAAUCUGAAAUUACUUCAGUACAAUAGUUAAUGACCAUUCAGUUGAAUAUUUAUUACAAAAAGUUACAUGAUGAUCAAGAAUAUGUAUGUCAUGUCAAAUAGUUUGUGUCAUAUUCGUGUAUGUUUUCAAGAGAUACUUAACAGAUUAAACUGUUAUUUACUUGU